CCACGCUACAAACACGAACAAUACAAGCUAAUACAAGUUUUACAAAUUUAGCAAUUUCUAAAGAAUUCCAUGGAUUAUUGGCCAGCCUCAUAGUGAAAGAAGAAGAGCUGUUUUGGGAUGCAAGAAGAGACGAAUCACUGGAUAAAAAACUUAGGAAUUUGUCGAAGUUGGCAAAGAUGUUCGCAUAGCUGACGAUUGAUCAUGUGAACAGUAUGUUUAUCCACUUAAGGUCGAUCUUUGUCGUCUUGAUUUGUGCAGCGAUUAUUUUGUAUUGUAGUGUCAGCUACACUAGAGAAAGAUCGCUAAGAAAUUGUUUGGAUCAACAGCGGUUUUCACGAGACACAUUAUCAACAUUGGAACUACCCAUCCAAAUAGGAAAACAAGCUUCUUCUCAACAACAACAAAGUGCAACAACACUUUUACCCGAUAAGAUAAAUACCCUGCAAAAUCCCAUAACCACUGAAAAACAAACAAAUGGGAAAAGAAAAAAUAUUGAAAGAUGUCGGAGAGUAGAUCACGUGUUGUUUUUGAAGACCCACAAGACUGGUGGGAGUACGAUUACUAAUAUCCUUAAUAGAUAUGGCGAUAAGUGGAACCUAACAUUUGUACUGCCAAAACAAAGGCACCUUUUCACUUUUCUAUGGCCGACUAGAUUCCGUCUGUCCUACACAGCACCGCUGUACAAAAUGAACGCUAAUAUACUAUGUAACCACGCCAGAUACAACAGGAAGCCCAUGCACUGGUUAUUCCCAAAGAACAAAUCCAAAUACAUCACAAUACUAAGAGACCCCAUUAAACAGUAUGAAUCAGUCUUCAACUUCAUGCAUUUUGCAAAUCCUUUAGGAUUUAACGAGGAGAAGGAUCCACUAGGGACAUUCUUAAAGUACCCCCCAUCUUUCAGAGACACCUAUCCUCACAUGAAGAAGACCCUUGCUUUACAUCUGUUGCGAAACCCAAUGAUGUUCGAUCUGGGACUUGACUUUAGGUACUUCCAGAACCAAUCUGCGAUAGACAACUACCUCAAUUUCCUGGACAAAGAGUUUGACUUGGUCAUGAUUAUGGAGCAUUUUGACGAGUCUUUGAUUCUCUUGAAGCGGCUCAUGUGUUGGUCUUUUGAAGAGAUUUUGUACUUCAAGCUGAAUGAAAGACAGGACCAGCAAAAGAGAGACAAUUUAGCCGAGGUCGUCAAGCACGACAUUAAAAGUUGGAAUCGAGCGGAUUCUCUUCUCUAUACGUACUUCAACCAAACACUGUGGAGGAAGAUAAAAUCCCAGGGAAGCGCUUUCUAUAGAGAACUAAAGAUAUUUCGACGCCUAAAUGCAAGAAUAUCUAGAAAAUGCUUAGAGCAGGGAAGUUUUUUAGACGAAGCAUACACAGGAGUUUAUGUCAAAGGGUAUUCCUUAAGGAAUGAUAUACCAGCAACACUUAAAACGAAAUGUGAAAAUAUGAAAAGAAAUGAGAUAUCUUAUGUGAAAUAUUUCAGGAAAAAGAUGAGCGACAGGUUGUUGAAGAUAGAGGAGCCAGAGGAAUAUUUAGAUGAUCCUUUAAAUGAUUGGAACUUAGCUUCUGACUUUGAACACGUACCGAGCACAUCUGGGUAUGGUUCAGCUGAUUACGUAGGUUCGGGAUAGGAUAGGGAUAGGACCGGAAGAGCAUCGGGGUAGCAUCGGGGUACGAUCGGGAUUGGGUCGGGAUAGCUAGGAUCUGGAUAUUUUCAAAAUCCGAAUAUUUCUACAGCAUAGAAGAGAACGUUUUUAUAUAAGUUAAUACUUCAUACUUGAGAAUAAAUUUGUUGAAUGAUUCUGUGAAGUACUAUCAGGUCUCAUUCAUAUCGUCAGUUGCUGCCAACACACCGGAUAACAACGGGAGUGUAAGAAUUGAUGGUUUUCAACCAUUCCCAAGAGAAUUAAAUAACAAAAGAAACGGCGGCCA